AUGGGAGUUCAGACAAUGUCGUCCCUCGGCGGAGCCGGCGGCGGGGGCGGCGGGGGAGGGCCCCUGUCGAGGCAGGGGUCCGUGUACGGGCUCACGCUCAACGAGGUGGAGAGCCACCUGGGCGAGCCGCUCCGGAGCAUGAACCUGGAGGACCUCCUGCGCACGGUGCUCCCCGCCGCCGACGCGGAGCCGCGCGGCGCCGGGACGGGCAAGAAGACGGUGGACGAGGUGUGGCGCGACAUCGAGAGCGCCGGCCGCGGCCGCCAGCCGACGGUGGGCGAGAUGACGCUGGAGGACUUCCUCUCGCGCGCCGGCGUGCCUGUCGCCGGCGGCGGGGGCUGCGCCGGCGCGCAUUGGCUGCACCAGUACCACCCGCCGCAGCAGUACGUGACCCGCCCCCUGCCGCGGCCCCUCGGCGUUGGCGCCGGCCCCGUGCUGGACGCCGUGUACCACGGCGGCGGCGGCGGCGGGUUCCUCUCGCAGGCCGGCGGGCGGAAGCGCGGCGCCGCGGUCGUGGGCGGGGACGGCGUCGUGGAGAAGACGGUGGAGCGGCGGCAGAAGCGGAUGAUCAAGAACCGCGAGUCGGCGGCGAGGUCCCGGGCCAGGAAGCAGGCCUACACGAACGAGCUGGAGAACAAGAUCUCGCGGCUGGAGGAGGAGAUCGAGCAUCUGAAGGAGCUCAAGAAGCUGGAGCCGGUGAUGCAGUUCCUGCCGCAGCAGGAGGCGGGGGAGAGGCAGCAGCAGCUCCGGCGACACGCGGUGCUCUACAUGCCCCAGCCGGAGGCGGAGCCGAAGCAGCACCAGCACCAGCUCCGGCGGAUCAACUCGGCCUCCUUCUGA